AAUUGAGUGGCCCAUAUAAUCUGAAGCUACAAGAGAUAUGAUAAUCGUCGUAACAUCUUGAGAAUGUUCGAUUGACUACACGGAGUUUAGUCAGUUAAAGCAAAAUGUUUCUCCGAGUAGCAGGUUUCAGCAUUGUCUUAUAUUUUGCUGUGCUGACUUCAUGCUAUGCAGCAAGUUCAGGCAGCCCAAAACAAGAAACCGACGAAAGUUGGCUGAUGUCCCCAUUCCAGAAACAAAACGAGGCCAACCCGAUAUUGGGACCAGUAGCAACAACCGAAUUUCUGUGUCCCAUUCAAGGUGGUACGGUUGCCUGGGAGGCAAAAGACAUUUUCAAUCCGACCGCUUUGGUGAAAGAUGGAAAAAUCCAUUUGCUCUAUCGUGCCGAGGAUGUGGACGGUGAAUACUUGGGAACGUCUCGGAUCGGUCUAGCAACUAGUGACGAUGGUGUCACGUUUGUGAGAGAAACGAAACCGAUUUUUUAUCCCGACAAUGAUUCCGUUAAGAAUUACGAAUGGGAAGGGGGUUGUGAAGAUCCACGGAUUGUCGAAAGUGAAAGUGGUGAAUAUGUCAUGACGUACACUGGAUACAAUGGAUCACUAGCUAUACUCAUGGUCGCGACGACAAAAGAUUUACGAACAUGGACGAAAUACGGUCCAGUGUUUCGAAAUACUCGAGAUUUUGCAGAGCUCUGGUCCAAAUCGGGAUCCAUUGUAACCGUUCAGAAAGACGGCAAAUUUGUCGCCGAGAAAAUAGACGACAAAUAUUGGAUGUACUGGGGUGACACCGAUCUAUAUUUGGCGACUUCAAACGAUCUCGUCGAUUGGACGCCAAUAACGAAUGCGGACGGUAAUCUAACAAAAAUUGUUGAGCCACGGGAAGGUUUAUUCGACAGCGAACUGGUGGAACCCGGUCCACAAGCAUUUAUCCGCGACGAUGGCAUUUUACUCAUCUACAACAGCAAAAACAAGAAAGGUGACGAAGGCGGCGAUCCCACUUUACCGGAAGGGACAUAUGCGGCUGGUCAGCUACUGUUCGAUAAAACCAAUCCGCAAAAAGUCUUGAAACGUUCGGCCGGUUAUUUCAUGAAACCCGAGGAGGAAUACGAAAUUGUCGGACAGGUUGGAAAUGUUGUUUUUCUGGAGGGUUUGGUGUGUUACAAGGGAACGUGGUUCAUAUAUUACGGUACCGCCGAUUCGAAAAUUGCCGUUGCGACCAGGAAAGACGAAUAUUGUUCGGGUUCGAUAAUGGUGAGAGUUAGUGGAAGUGCCUUGAUUUUGGCGGUGGCAUUGUGGGUGAGUCGUCUGGUUUUAUAGAGCGUUUAAGGAGAACGAAAACCAGUUAAAUUUAACUGAUCUCGAGGUCAGCUGUCAAAUAUUUUUGAACCAAUAAAUAACUGGUCAAAAAUCGCUCUACAUUACCACCAAGUACAUGUGUUAACGGAGAGCGGAGAUCAAUUAAAUUUAAGUGACAUCGAGAGCAAUGUCAAUAAUUUAUGAAUGAAAAUAAAUUGAAAGACCAGUUAGGUUUAACUGAGCCGAAAUCUCUUUCCGUUAAAACCC